UUUUUUUUUUUUUUGCGCCUUAUAACUUUCGACAUUAUGAGAUUCUCCAUUCUGACCACUGCUUUGCUCAUGGCAGGUUAUGCCUCUGCUGUUCCUAUGAUGAACCCUACUUCAUUUUCCGAAGGCGAGUCAGUGGCUCCCCUUUAUACACCCAUUGAAACAGAAGCCGUCCGGGGUUCUUACAUUGUUGUGUUAAAAGAAAGCUUAUCAGCAACCCAAAUCGGCGACCACGCUGAAUGGAUUAGUGCGUUAGCAGCAGGUCAAUCCUUUAACAGAGCGGAUUAUCUGUCAGAGACAGAAGAUAUAGGCAUCAACCAUGUCUACGAUAUGCCCAAUUUCAAGGGUUAUUCCGGUAAAUUCGAUCAAAAGGUGUUGGAGGCCAUUCGUCAGUCCGAUGAAGUCGCCUACGUAGAAGAAGAUUCUGUUGUCUAUGCCAGUGAAUUGCAACGAGGCGCUCCUUGGGGUUUGGCCCGUAUCUCUACUCGUGACCGGCUCUCUUUACGUAACUUUAACAAAUACAACUAUGAUAAAAGUUCCGCUGGUGAAGGUGUGAAGGUUUACGUCAUUGAUACGGGUAUUAAUGUCAAGCAUGUUGAUUUUGAAGGAAGAGCAAUUUGGGGCAAAACGAUACCAAAGAAUGAUGAGGACGUCGAUGGCAAUGGUCACGGUUCUCAUUGUGCAGGUACCAUUGCUGGUAAGAAAUACGGUGUGGCAAAGAAAGCUAUCCCUGUUGCCGUCAAGGUUUUAUCAUCCAACGGCAGUGGUAGUAUGUCAGAUGUCGUUAAAGGCGUAGAUUGGGCAACAGGUGAAUACCUUAAAGAAAAGGCGCAAGCUCAAAAGAAUGGCAAGAAGUUCAAGGGAUCAGCCGCUAAUAUGAGUUUGGGUGGUGGUAAAUCACCCUCUUUGGAUGCCACUGUCAAUGGCGCUGUCGAAGCCGGUCUUGUCUUUGCCGUAGCAGCUGGUAACGAUAAUAAGGAUGCCUGUAACUAUUCUCCUGCUCGUGCCCAAAAGGCUAUCACCGUCGGUGCUAGUACCAUUUUCGAUGAAAGAGCUUAUUUCUCCAACUAUGGUGAGUGUGUCGAUGUCUUUGCUCCUGGUUUGAAUAUUGAAUCUGUUUGGAAUACCAAUGAUCAUGCUACCAACACUAUUUCCGGUACAUCCAUGGCUUCUCCUCAUGUUGCAGGUUUGGCUGCGUAUCUUUUAUCCAUGGCACCUGAAGAUACAAAACCCCAAGAUAUCAAGAAACAAAUCCUCGAGUUAAGCACAAGAAACGCACUCAAAGAUCUUCCUCCCAAGACACCGAACCUUCUCAUUUACAACGGCUUCGAACAAUAACUAUUAUAAAGUACCAAAGGAAGUGAAAAUGUAGUAUGAUCCUAUAUAAAUAUCUAUAUAUACAUAUAUAUAUAUGUCUUUUUCUGUUUCUCCUUUACCCACUCCAUAUCAUCUUUCUUUGUUUGCGUACAAACAAGAAAAGACUAUUAUCCUUAUCCAUAUACAUUUGCUAUAUUAUACUAAACACUGUUUCCAAUUAAACCACUUCACUAUCACGUUCUUACAUUUGCAUCUUGUAAUUAAACGUAGUGUGUGAAAUGUGAGGUUGUGCAAAUCUUAUCCAUCUGGACACAUAUGCAUUAUGCAUAUUUUGCUUUGAAAUUUUUCUUACUGCAACUGUAAAAAAAAAAAAAAAAAAAAAA